AUGGAUAUGAGGGCGCUGCUCGAGCCGAAGAAGAACAGCAAGGCCAAGAAGUUCUCUGAGAAGGCAGGGAAUGCGAGAGAAAAUCAUGUCAAAGAUGCAGCGCCAUCAAAACCUUCAACUCCAAGCCGACCUGCCAACCAAGUCAACUCCCAUGCGAUCAAUACUUCACCAAGUGCUGUCAGAACAUACGACCCUCGAGUGUUACUUAGCCCGAGAGCAUCCAAAGCUGGCACAAGAGCACAAACAAUGGAGGUUACGGGAGACCCGUCCAAUACUUCAAAUGGACAAUCUCGCAGGAAUGGACAUGCUAAUAGCGGCUUCAAUCUCCUCGAGUCAUUGCAUGGGACGGAAAAGCGUGUCGAAGACAGACCUGCAAAGAGGGUCAAGACCAAACACGACUCUGAAGGUGACGACAAAGCGGACGGACGUCAAUCUGGCGGAUCACUUCAUGGGAAUGCUGGAGUAGGAGAAUACUUCAAAAGAACAGCAGACCCGAACAUCGUCGGUACCACUAUUCCCGCAGCCGCUAUUGACCUCACCAAUGACGACGAUGGCGACGAUGACGAUGUACAAAUUACUGGCGUGAAGAAUGCAGACGACAAGGAGGUGUGCUAUGGUAUGAUCGACGGCUAUAUACUCGCUCACAAGGUUCCAAAGCCGUCGAAAAUCAGCAAUUCCUCUCAAUUCGGUCCCGCCCAUUGGCCUGUAUUCAAAGUAACUCUGCGACGGCAAACAGAACGAGGAAUGACUAUUGACUGUACUGAUCCUCAUGGCGAGAUGUUCGGAUACGUCGAACAGCCAUUGGCGGAGGCACUAGCACCAGCGAUGGACGCAUUCCCUAAACUACGCGUACAAUGUCGAAUGUUGACUCGUCCUCAAAGAAAAGGAGAAUUUGUUCACCAGCCCUGUUCUGACAAGUUUAGGGUCGUGAUCAAUCUGUAUGGCAAAAAGGGCGACGUCGAGAAAAUGGGCCGAUGGUUUGGUCAAAAGAACAUCUGGUUCAAAUCACCUAUGGUGAGCGACGCUGGAGUAGAACUUCAAAAUCCACAUGCUCGAAAGCGCCAGCCGCUUCCAGGUACGACUUCCACCGGCCCUCACCGGGUCACAAACAACACGCGAACACUCGAGGAGGCCUCCGAUGCUGUUUCCAAGCUCUUUGACUACCAGGCCGACGAGAACAAUGAGUUGCCUGAAACCGAGCCACCAGAAACCAUUGUUACUCCUCUGCUUCGGCAUCAAAAGCAGGCAUUGACCUUCAUGCUUCGUCAAGAACAGCCCCGAACUUUCGGCUCAGAAGAAGUUGAGAAUUCCUCCCUGUGGCGUAUCAGGUACAACCACAGUAGACAGAAGGUCUAUGAAGAGGUUGUUACUGGGAUGCAAGUCGCUGAAGAGCCUGAACAGUGUCUUGGUGGUCUACUAGCAGACGUCAUGGGUCUCGGGAAGACAAUUCAGGCACUUUCUCUAGUGGCAAGCACGAUGCCGCAAGCUGCAGAGUUCGGCAAUCAGAAAGUCGUACGGCAAGGCGAAGACGAAUUGACGCUCGAUUGUCAAAGCAGAGCAACACUGCUUGUUGCACCAGUCAGCACUGUUAAGAACUGGGAGGACCAAAUUCGCGAGCAUACCAGAAAUGGUAGCAUGCUUUAUCAUGUUUAUCAUUCUAACAAUCGUCAGCGUAAUCCCUUCCUGCUUGCUGACCACGAUAUUGUCAUCACCACGUACGGGACAGCUGCAACUGAAAUAUUCGGCAAGAAGAAGGGUCAAGACCAAGUCAGUCCCCUACAGCGGGUCAGGUGGUUUCGCAUCAUUCUUGAUGAGGCACACACUAUCCGAGAGUCAAAAUCCUCGCAGGCAAGAGCCAUGCAUGCUUUACAUGCUGAGCGCCGAUGGUGCCUGACAGGUACUCCUAUACAGAACCGUAUCGAAGACCUUGGCUCGUUGACUAUCUUUCUCAAGCUGUUUCCGUACAAUACCCCAGCCGGUUUCAACACGUAUAUCAAAGGUCCUGCACAAUCAGGCGAUACAAGCUUUCUCAAGCGACUUCGUGUUAUGGUUGACUCGUUCACUCUGCGCCGCUUGCGCGACCAAAUCGAGCUACCAGCCCGACAAGAUCUGGCUAUCGAAUUGUUAUUUUCACCAGAGGAAAGAAAGCUGCAUGACUUCUUCAGGGAGAAAUACAUGAUGACUGUUAAAGAAAUGACCCGCAGUGGCAAAGGCAGAGGUACUGGUGGCCAGUACCAUCGUGUUCUGCAGGGCAUCACUGUAUUGCGGCUAAUCUGCGCUCAUGGAAAGGAACUUCUUCGGGAGAGCGAACUCGAGCAAUUCAAAGGCGAAGCUGCAGAUGAACCCAUCGAUAUAGACGACGAAGCAAGCUUGCUCGAGAUUGAUCAGAAAGCAGCUUACGAGCUGUUUGAUAUGAUGGUCGAAGCAAACGUUGACUUCUGUUCACGAUGUGGGAAGCAUAUCACAGGAGAGUCACCCGCAAGUCCUGGCAUAGACGCUGAGGAUGUCACAGCAGCCGAUCGGGCCAUCGUCUUACCAUGUCGAGAUGUCUUCUGUAUGGAAUGCUUCAAACCUUACAAACCACGAUUCGACGCUAGCAAAGGUACUGGAGUUGGCGUGCAGUGUCCACUUCAGCAUGGGUCCGACAAUCUCAGCCCAGAAUACGUCUCCAUACCAAGAGACUAUAUUGAACAACUACAGACAGCACCUGAAGAGACAAUACGCUCGGACACAUGUCUCUUCAAGAACGGCUUUUACUCGGGACCGCAUACGAAGACCAAGCAAUUGCUCAAUGACCUUACACAAUUGAAGCAAGACAGCAUGCCACUAGUGGAACGCGGCGAGGCACCACUGAAGUGUGUCGUCUUCUCAGAAUUCACUUCCCAUCUCGACCUCAUAGGGAAAGCUCUGACCGACCACGAUCACGCCUUCGUGCGGAUUGAUGGUUCGAUGUCUCUGCCCAGAAGGCGCAAAGUGCUCGAUGCAUUGAACGAAGACGAUACAGUGACUAUCUUGCUCGCCUCGAUCAAGGCAGCCGGGCAAGGAUUAAAUUUGACUGCCGCAAGUAGAGUCUUUCUGAUGGAGCCGAUGUGGAAUCCCGCGGCUGAGGCGCAGGCUGUCGAUCGUGUCUAUCGACUUGGUCAGAAGCGAGAGGUCAUUGUCAAGAGAUACCGGAUGCAGAGCAGCAUGGAGGACAAGAUUGUGCAACUACAGAAUAGAAAGAAGAAGAUUGCUGAAUUGAGCUUAGAGAAGAAGGCUAUGCAGAAGGAGCUAAGCAAGAAGGAGCGUAACGAGCAGUCGCUCAAGGCGAUGCUUGAUUUCUUCAAAGCAUGA